UUUCCAAGUUGAUUUCAAAGUUUUUAGAAAACAAAAAUUACUUCCCCUACGUACUGCACAUUGCGCUGCCCAACACUGUCAAUAUUUGACAUUUCUUUCGACGCCAGUUUUACCGUUUAAACGCUUGUAAUAUAUUUAAUGGUUUGGUUUAAGAUUUCAAUUUUCAGCCAGUUUUAUUGUAAAGUUUAAAAUGAAUUUUAGUUUUUCAUUGCCUUUAAAAAGCUCAGAUCUACUAAAUAGUAGUGGUGAUAAUUACUACGUAAAACAUGUCUAUACUUCAGAUGAAAUUCCUGACAAACUUAAAGAGUGUAGAGAAUGCCUUCACAAAGAUGAUCCAUUCUAUAUAUUGGAUCACUUUGACACGUACUAUUCUGUUAUGGAGUGUGAAAGCAGUGAUAUCAGUGCUAUGAAAAAUUUAUCGCGUUCAUUUGAUAUGCUAUAUCUUACUGUGGAUAAAUUGGGUAAAGAAUUAUCGGCUAAAUUAUCAAAGGACAAUAAUGCUUUCCCAGAAAGAAGUAAUUAUUUGACUCUGUCAAAAAUGUUAUUGUACCUAUUUACACACACUAUGAAGCGCAUAGAAGUGGUCAUAACAAAUAGACAACGGGAACUAAAUGUGAAUGCAGUUAAGAAGCGUGGUAAACACCAUGAAGCACAGGAUCACCAGUUUGAUUGGGAUAAGAAAAGAGGUCAGUUUCUGGUGCAAAUGUUUAAUAUAUUACAGCUUCCCUUAGAAAAGCUAUGGAUGCCACCAGUGGUCGAUUCAAAUUUCGUAGAAAUGAUUACGGAACGCUGCUACAAUACUAUUUCAUCUAUACCUAUGCGUGCUGAUAAUAAAAAUGUCAUUGACAGUUCUUUUCAAAUAAUUGGAGUCGCAAUUAAACGCUACAGUCAUGCUAUUUCAUUUCCUGUACAAAUUUUAUAUAUAUUAAGCAGAACAGAGCACACAGCAAGUUCAAUUGCCCAUGGCAUAGCGUUAUUGAAUGAAGAGUGUGGUAUUAAUACUGCAUUUUCGGUUCUCAUAAAAGAUAUUACGGAUACGCUUACUGGUGAAUCUACUGACACUGCAGUCUCACGAAAUUUUUCAAAUUUUUUAAUAGAACUAGCUGCCCGUUCUCCAGAACUUAUGAUACCACAUUUAUCAAAUCUUAGUGAAGAACUUUUAAAUUGUGAAUCGCAUGUUAUACGAAAUUGCAUACUACAGAUUAUGGGGGAUGCUAUUGUUGGUAAGUUAACAUCAGAGGAGUUGCCUGAAGAAAUGAAAGAAGCGCGCGAUGAUUUUCUUGAUUUACUUUUAUCACAUAUUUGUGAUGUAUCUGCCCAUGUCCGUGCUAAGGUAUUGAAUAUAUGGCAUAAUUUAAAGCAAGAAAAUGCUGUACCUCUGUCUUUGCAAAUAAAAGUACUUUGCGAAACUGUUGAUCGGUUGGAGGAUAAAACCGCAAUAGUUCGUAAGCAAGCUAUUCAGUUAAUUAAAGCAUUUUUGGAAUGUAAUCCAUUUGCUGCGAAUUUAUCAUUAGAAGAAUUAAUUAAAAAGCACGAAGAUGAAGCAAAAAAUAUGAAUGAAUUAAAAGCAACACUUGCGGAAGAAAGGGAAAAAACCGAACAAAUAGAAGAGCAGUGGAAUAUAAUAUUACCAGAAAUUGUUCCACUUAUAGAUGAGAAUUUGCAACUUCAAAGUACUCAAGAAUAUGAAACGCAAGAGAGUUUAGAAGACCUUGUCAAAGGAAUUUGUCAGCUUUUACUGGAUAAAAAGUAUAAAGAAGCAAUUAUAUUGCUAAGAAAAGUUGAUUACGUGCAUGGAAAUUCCGAAUUAAGAUAUACACUACCCCUUGAAGAGCAAGUGACAUAUUAUGUAGCCUUAUUUAAGACUUAUAUAUUUUUAGCAAACGGAUGUAAAAAUGAUAACGAAAAACUGGACACUAUGAUAAAAACCGUAAAGUUUCUUGAAGACUCCAUAGAAUUUUCAAAAGUUCUUACAAGAGCAGUACCAAAAAUUCUUGAUAUGUUGCUUUCAAAAACAAUAUCUGAUGUUUGUGAAGCUGUUGAUCUUUUUACGACUGGAUAUUUAUUUGGAGUGAAAGGUAUGGAAGCUGGUAUGCAAAGAAUGUUGUUGUUGGUUUGGUCAUCAGAGAAGGAAAAACGAGACUUUGUAUCUAAUGCAUAUAAGAAAGUUUUGUUUACGACAGACUUAACUGGAAGAGCUCAUGCUGUUAAAGUAAUUCAAAAUUUGUCACGUUUUAUCCAAACUAUUGAAUAUGGUCAUUUUCUUGCCCUGGAGUGUUUAAUUGAAGAAUGGGUAUCAACAGACGACAUGGAUGCUUUAAUUAUACAAGUUCUUUUUGAAAUUUUUACAAUGAAAAUUGAGGGAACCACAACUGAAGAGUCUUGUUUAGCUUUAGAAUUGCUUGUUAUGUGUUCUAGUUCAAAGCCCUCAAUUGCAUCAGCUAAUUUAAACAUUAUUGAAAUGGUUGGGCUUGGUGAACGCGGAAGGCGGAAUCCACGUUUAUAUGCUAAAUGUUUGCAAUUUAUGAUGAACUCGAUUGAUCAUACCGCAAACUCAAAAUAUUAUCAACGUUAUGAUUGUGAUAGUCCCAUAGCAACAAAUGUUUUUGAUAUGUUUAUGAAAUUCUUUUUUCAUCCGCUUUUGCCAGAUUUCGAGCUCGUAGCUACAAAGACAUUUGAAUUCUUCUAUACUCUAUGUCAAAAACCAGAUAUUAUUUGUCAAAAAAUGAUCGUUGACUUGAUGGGAAGAAUGUUGAAAAGUAUUAAAAAGACCACUGUAAACCCUUCAUCGCUACCUUCAGCAUCUCAAUCAAUGAGUUCGCAACCUUUACUUCCAAGUCAGAACAAGGAAUAUAAAACCAUGAAAGCUUUCCUAUUAACUCGUUUCGUAUACAUUAUUGGGUACAUAACUUUAAAGGAACUAAUAUUUCUUGAUGUUGAUGUUUAUAAUAAUAUGAAGUAUAUUCAGGAACUUGAGGACUGUGAACUAAAGAAAAAGGAGCACAGUGCUUUGCGAAAAAAUGGUAAUUUAAAUAUGUCAGCAACUGAAUCAUUAAAACGUUUAUCUGGUAGUGCUGCGGAGCCUCAGCAAGAACCUGACGAAGAUCUUGUUGGUGCUACUGCAGAAGACAAUAUAGCAGAGCUUAUAAAUGAAAUCUGUGAGGAAAGAUUGUUGUUCGACAAAAAAAGUCUUUUAAGAGUUAUGGUUAAGCUGGUGUUACGAAUUUGUCAACAUCCUAGUAAAUUUAAGGAAGAACAUCUUCAACGUGCUGCAACAUUGACUUUAGUACGAUUUAUGUGUGUUUCAAGUAAAUUCUGCCACAGUUAUAUGCAGCUCUUAAUGAAUAUUUUAAAUAAAACAAAGGACACUGUUAUCAAAAGUAAUAUUGUAAUCGGUUUAUCUGACUUAACUUUUCGGUUUCCAAAUGAAAUCGAACCAUGGACUGGACAUUUAUACCUAACGUUACAAGAACAGAAUGAAGAGGUUCGUUUAACAUCUGUUAAAAUGAUUUCCCAUUUAAUUUUGCACGAAAUGAUUCGUGUUAAGGGACAAAUAGCAGAAUUAGCAAAAUGUAUUGUAGAUCCAAGUGAUGACAUUAAGAACAUGACACGUCAGUUCUUUAAAGAAAUAUCCACCAAAUCAAAUAUAUUAUACAAUGUAUUACCCGAUAUUAUAUCUAACUUGGGGGAUAUCAAUACCAAAUUACCUGAGGAAAAGUAUCGAACUAUAAUGAAGUACAUAAUUGGAUUAAUCCACAAAGAUCGCCAAGUUGAAACUUUGGUAGAAAAAUUAAGUAUGCGUUUUCAAGUGUCACAUGCGGAGCGUCAAUGGCGUGAUACGGCCUACUGUCUUAGUUUACUAACCUACAAUGAAAAAACAAUAAGAAAACUUAUCGAUAAUAUACAUCUCAUUAAGGAUAAAGUGCAAGUAGAUGAGGUAUAUCAAUCGUUUAAGUUAAUUAUUUCAAAUACUUCGAAGCUGGCUAAACCGGAAUUGAAAACAGUAGUAACAGAGUUGGAAUCGCGUAUUAAUGAAUGUUUGGAAGUGCGUGAUGAAGGCGAUGAGGGCGGUGAAAACAACGUUAAUAAUGUGGAUCAUGGAUCAAACAAAUUAAAAUCACAAACUUCACAAAAAACAACGACGCGGAAGAAGAGGGCUGUGCGACGUAAAGAUUCGUCCGAUGAUGAAAAUAUGUCAUUAUCUGAAAGUGAUAAUGAAGUUCCAACAAAAACAAAGAAUGCUAACAGUAAAUCUACAAAAAAACCACAAAAUGUAUUAGAAAGCAGUUCCUCCGAUAGGUCAGAAUCAGAAGAAGAACUACCGGGUAGAGGAAAAAAUGCGAAACAACAAGCCGCUAGUCGUCCAACAACGAGUAAAAAUCGAGGAAAAAUUGUAGAGGAUACUACAACAAGUUCAGAUGAUUCCCACCCGAAAAAACGUCAAAAGAGACUUGAUCGAAGAUAAACUUUUAUUUGAAGAAGAUUUUAUAUAGUUUUUUAUAUAUAUUAAAUUUAAUACAAUAACAUUUGAAUGUAUACUUUUAUGAGCAGUUAUUUAAGAUGCUAAAUUCUGUUAUGAUUUUUCUUUCCGUUUCUGCACUGAAACACAACAUUUAACUGCUCUACUAUGUUGUACUCUGCUCUUUUAUUUCAUGGAGCACGAGAUAAGGGCAAGAACAACAGAAACAUCUGUUUUAAAAUGUGACUACUACUGCGAAAAUGAAUAGCAAUUAUUUUAGUUUUUUGCUCUUGUUCUUGCUCUUUUUUGGUGCUUUAAGAAAUCGAAGCGCAGAAUAUAUUAAAUGAAAGUGGCUUAAAUUAUGAGUCUUUGCUCUCAUAUAUGCUCCUUUCAACUCAGUGUAGAAUUAGAAUCAGAAUCGGAAUCAUGUGUGCGAUUACUGCUUUUGAGUAAGCAUUGCUUUUUUCAAAUCCUGUUUAUUUGUAAGAGAAUAUUGUUUAAUUUUUAAUAAAAAAUUGUGACCUGUCACAGUCUUUUACAGUA